CGGGUAGCGGCGGCGGCGGGGCGGGAGGGCGGCAGCGGCCCAUGCAGCCGGGGGGGCGGCGGCCGGGCGGCUGACACGAUGCGGCCGGGGCUGGGCGCGGGCAGGCGGCAUGACCCCCCCGCCUAAGGGCCCCCCCGCCCGCAAGCUGCUCUGCAUGUGCAGCCUCUCGCUCUGCCUCACCUACGCCUGCUACAGCCUCAUGGGCGGCCCCGGCGCCCUCCGCUCCCCUCUGGCUGCCCAGAGCUCGCCCAGCCCCGCCGCGCCGCCGGCCAGCUCCGCCGCCGCCCCCCGCCGCCCCGCGAACCUCCGAACGCCGCCGCCGCCGCCGGAAGCCGCCAUCAGCCGCGCCGCCGCCGCGGUCCCCGGGCGACUUGCCGAAAGCACUGGCGGCGGCAACACCAGCACCGCCGCCGCCGCCUCCGAGUUGGCGGACGCCACGGCCACGCCGGACUGUGGGGAGAAGCGGCUGCCGCAGGCGCUGAUCAUCGGCGUGAAGAAGGGGGGCACCCGCGCCCUGCUGGAGGCGCUCCGGGCGCACCCCGACGUCCGCGCCGUGGGCACCGAGCCGCACUUCUUCGACCGGAACUACGGGCACGGCCUCGACUGGUACAGGGAGAUGAUGCCCAGGACCCUAGAAGGCCAGCUCACCAUGGAGAAAACUCCAAGUUAUUUUGUCACCAGCGAGGCUCCCGGGCGAAUCCACUCCAUGGCCAAGGACACCAAGCUAAUUGUGGUGGUUCGUGACCCGGUCACCAGGGCAAUCUCAGAUUACACCCAGACCCUUUCCAAGAAGCCUGAGAUCCCCACCUUUGAGGUGCUGGCCUUCAAGAACCGAACGCUCGGGCUGAUCGAUGCCUCCUGGAGCGCCAUCCGCAUCGGCAUCUAUGCGUUGCACCUGGAGAGCUGGCUCCAGUACUUCCCGCUCUCCCAGAUCCACUUUGUCAGUGGGGAGCGGCUCAUCAUGGACCCCGCAGGGGAGAUGGCCAAAGUGCAGGACUUCCUGGGCCUCAGGAGGGUUGUGACGGAGAAAUAUUUCUAUUUCAACAAGACCAAGGGAUUCCCCUGCCUGAAGAAGCCAGAAGAGAGCAGCGCACCCCGGUGUCUUGGCAAGUCCAAGGGCCGAACUCACCCCGCCAUUGAUCGGGAUGUAAUUCAGAGGCUGCGCAAGUUUUAUAAACCAUUUAAUGUGAUGUUUUACCAAAUGACGGGCCAUGAUUUCCAGUGGGAGCAGCAGGAGGGAGAGAUGUGAUGCCACGGCAGCGAACGAUGCUGCUUUUCCUUCAGAGAGACUGGAUGAGUCAUUGUCCCAGAAAGCUGGCGGUAUUAUAGUUCAGCAGUCGACAAUGGAAGAAUUCAUUGCCUUGAAGCAAAAUUGCUAAGCUGCCUCCACUUCCCAUCACUCUGCCCUUUGUUGUGUCACCGCUGUCUACCUGAAAGGUACAGAAAUGCGAAGCGUCAUUCUGGAGCGAAAGCGCCCCACAAU